AUUUGACGACAGUUUCUAAUCGAGCUACAUAUGAUGUGGGACGAUUUGUAGGAAAGAUAGCCGGUCGCCGAUACUGUUUACGGAAGUUCUGUGGUCAGGAAGAGAAGGAGACUGAUGAUGGUGGAGAACUCCCCCUCCCCACUGCCUCAGAGAGCCAUCUAUGGUUUUGUGCUUUUCCUCAGCUCACAGUUUGGCUUCUAUCUGUAUUGCCUGUGGGCUUUCAUCCCUGAUGAGUGGCUUCAUUCGAUAGGACUGACGUACUGGCCUCAGAAGUAUUGGGCUCUCGCGGUGCCGAUCUAUCUGCUGGUUGCUCUGAUGAUCUCUGUGCUGUUGCUGUUCGGAGUCAACAUGAACAACACGGCUCCACUUGACUCCGUGGACAACAUCACAGAUGUGUUUUCCCGAGGCCAGAUGACAGAAAGCAGCAACCACAAGGGGCAAAUACCCAGACUGAGAGAUGUUCCCAUCAGCGAAGUCAACCAAAGGUUCUACUUGUCCCCCAAAUGACGCCAAGCAGAGAGGAAGAAGAAGUGAAGCUGCUGGGGAUUUAUGGGCAGACUUUUCUCCAUGUAUAUAAAGGAAGAAUAAUGCUUUCAUUAUUUAUCCAGGAACAAUGCAAUAUGGCUCAAAGUUAGACUGAGUGAGUCAAGUUUUACUGAUGCUAAAAAAUGAUAUUUAUUUUUGUGAUGUAACACAUAUCAUCAUUGUCUGAGCAAAUUGUCCAUUGGAUGAACAAAGAUAGCUUCUGGUUAUUUUCUA